AUGAAAGUUCAAUCAGAGUUAUCAAAUUUUACCGUGAAUUCCAGACUAAAUCCGGGCAAAAAGCUGAAUCGUGAUCAAAUCCCAUACAAACAACUAAGAGGACUGGUUGGUGAAUUGGUCGGUGAUCGUCAUACAAUCCAGCAUGUCAACUCACCAAAACGACACUGUCUUAUCACUGACCGAGAGAGCAGUACGUUGAAUGAUACAGAGAGGAAUGGUAGCAGUACAUUGUAUGCGUCUGACGACAGUUCAUCUCGAAUUUCAUUUGAAGAAAAUUUAUCAACAACAAGGAAACACCGAAAUAAAAUUUUUUUACGUACGAUGAGUAGCGAUGCGUCGAAGAAAGUGGUGCUUAAUACGAAUAAGUUAGCAAAACACACUCGCAGUAUGAUGCAGAUUCGAGCAAGAAGACGUAUCGCUUCAUAUACACCAAGAUACACACCAUUUUCUUGCUCAGAAGAGGAAUUACGGAAUCGGUUUGGUACAUUCUAUGAACAAUUGAUGGACAGUAGUGCUACAUCAACGGAAUGUUAUCACGUUGUUGUGAAUACACUCGAAAAAUUCUUCACAAGAAACACAUGGACUGGCAAUGUGGAAAAGUUGGUGAAUGAAUUCAUCAAUGACAAUGUGUUGAUGUCGUGUGCUGAAUUAGGUGUCAAAUACGAUGAAUACGUUGAAAGUGGUAAUGGUGGACGUCGACUUCGUGAGUAUGAACUGAUGGCACUUCUUGAAAUUCGACUGAUAAACGAGAACUGUGUUAGUGCGGUCGAACAAAGUGACUUUCAGGUGCUCAACAAAUUGCGUUUCAUCUAUUUCGCUGGAGAUGUGCAGCGUCUUCGUGACUUUCUAGAUGAAACUAUUUGUGAUCAAUUCGCACAUUUGAAACCAUUAGUUGUGACGCGUAUCUAUGAGGAGUUAUGUAUGAAGCUGCCGUUCGAUCUGCAGUGUUAUGCCCGCGAAGAGAUCGACAAUGAUAGAGUGGAUGAUUUUGAGCUGGAAAGUGCGACUGUGUUGAAGAGACGAGCAAGUCAGGCGGAAAGUUUAGAUCGUUUGAUAAAUGGCAAUGAUAGUGAUAGUGCAUCGGUGGAUUGCCUCGGCAUGAACGCAACUGUGAAGAGGCAUCGCGCAAGCAGUCUGCGCACCGAUCGAUCUUCGUUCCGACGGCAGUCGUCAACACUUUCUUCAGGUGCAUCUGCAUCGCAGCCAAGCAACAAUCAUGCAUCGGCCAAUCUUGCGCUCGCAAAAUUACAACUGAAUAUUAUUGUAGGCAGACACGAUAGCUGGGAGGGUACAAGUGAGACGGAAGCAGAUAAACGUCGACCUUCUUUAGUGAAACGAUUGUUUACGGUCCCUGAAACACCCGAAUCAAAAAUGAAGAAGAAACGCGCCGUUGCAGAGAUGGUAAAAGACGAUCAAAAUGCGGUUGUACCACAAACACCGAUUGCAAAAAUGAGCAGAUGUAUGCUGUCUUUCGCAUUUUCAGUUGCCUUUUAUCGAAACUCAAAUCGUCGUUCGCAGCCGUUGAUUGCAGUGCUGAAAAAGAGUGAAGCGUCGUCAACGAAAGCUUCAUCUUCUGGUGCUGGCUUGUUAAUGAAAUGUGCUGCCCACCAAUCUAAGAAGAAGAGCUCUAAUCACCUAUCUCCAAAUUCAUUUCUACCCACCCCACCUUCUGCACAGCAGUCACCAUCGCCUUCAUCGGCAGCUGGCAUCGUUCAUCGUCCAUCCACUCGAUCAUCGCAGCCAAGCAAUAAUACCAAUAGCAGUGUUGUAAAAAUCAAUUUACAACAAAAAUUCGCCAAAUGCAGCGCAGAUGCGCUAACAAAUUCGAAUGCUUUUGCGUCGAACGCUUCAUCGUCUUCAUCACAUCAAGCCAUUUCACCGCGUUCAAAAAUCAAAGGUGAAUUCACGCUUGAGAAAAGUGUUGUCGAUCGAUAUAGAAGACGUCUUGAUGGUAUUCGUCAUACAGCUCGCAAAGGCGAUAAAAAUGAGAUAUUUUAUGGACGUUGUACGUCACGUCGAAAUUUGUUUGACGACGACGAGUGUGAAGAGCACGAAAAUGGCGCUUCGAGCAGUAGCGGUGUUGUGACUCGUUCGUCAGCCAUUUCUUCAUCGUCUUCUGCAUCCACAACAAAUUUAGCAAAUUGCACAUCAACCUCUGCAAAUAGAGCACUUCAAAAGAAUCGUUCCGGUCGUUCAUUGAUCAACGCGAAUUGCGUUUACAUGGCUCAUGCCCUACUGAACGUGCAUAACGCACAACCUUUGACACCAUCUAAAGCCCCCAAGCAGUCACCCUUCAAACUACAUCGUCUGGUACGUCCCGCAUCCAAAUCCGAUCGUAGACGUCUCUCGAAACUCAGAAUUCGAAUUCAACGUGAACGUAUUGGAAUCUCCGCUGCGGUUCUAACAAAUAACGAUACCAGUAAUAAUAAUAAUAAUAGUAAUGAUAACGAGAAUAUUAACAGUUCAUCGUGUACCAACCAAGAUUCACCACUGUCAUCUAGUGAGCAUUAG